AUGGACCCGGGGGCGGCUCUCUCUCGGGCCACCUGGGAAACUGCCGUUGCACACCACACCGGCGCGGGCGAGGUGGCGUGCAAGCUCCUGCGCAAGCGCAACAUCAACAGCCGCGACAUGCAGCUGCUGGUCGAGGAGUGCGAGCUGGGGCUGCGGCUCCGCCACCCAAACGUGCUGCUGAUGAUUGGCCUGACGUCGGACCGAGCGAUGAACCACGGCAUCCUCACCGAGCUCCUCGACCUCUCCCUCGCCGAGCUCAUCGAGCGCCGCUCGGCGCCGGCGGCGUCGACAUGGGACUUCCCCUUCGCCUCCAUCUCACUCGACAUCUCGCGCGGUAUGGACUACCUCCAUGAGCACGGCGUGCUGCACCGCGACCUCAAGCCGGGCAACGUGCUGCUCAAGCGGCCGCAGAUGACGGCCAAGGUGGCCGACUUUGGGUCUUCGCGCGACGUCCUGCCCGGGGGCCCGGCCGGCCUCACCGAGGCGACGGCGAUGACGAUGACGAUGGCGGGCACGCCACUCUACAUGGCGCCUGAGGUGAUGCGGCAGGACCGGUACGGCAAGCCGGCCGACGUCUGGUCCUUUGGCGGCGUGCUCGUCCACAUUGCCACCGGGCAGCCGCCGCUCUCUCACUUGCUCGCCGCUCUGACGCCGGUGGCGCUCAUGCACGGCGUCGCCGAGGGCGACUGCUCGCCCACCACGGGCAUCGACGAGCUCGCCACAUGGCCGGACGAGAUCCGCCACUUGGCGGAGGCGUGCUGCUCUCCGCGCCAGCACCUGCGGCCCACGUUUGCGCAGAUCGCCGGGGCCUUGGCUGAAGUCUCUGCUCGCCGGCGAUCCUCGCAAGGCCCCUGCGCAAGGCUGGGCUCUCGGCAGAGCACCGUUGGGUCGGAUCUCUCGAGGAGCGAGCAGGUCGAUGUUGCUCCUCCCAGCUAUGCGGAGACCGGAAGUAGCGCCGAGGGAUCUGCACGUCCCUCUGGGCGACUGUCGGAAAUGGUCGGAAAGUUCGUCGGAAAUUUGUUCAGCUCCAGGGUGUGAUCGAGUUAUGUACGUGCAUGCGC